CACUCCUGGUCGUGAAAGCAUGAAAACUAGAUAUGUAUGUUUUCAAAAAUACCAGUGCGCGAACUAAGGUGAGAGAUCGUUUAGCUACAACGGACAGUGUAUAUCGGAAAUUAAUAUACUAUCAGGUACAAAAUUAAAUUAGUAUAGAAUUUGGAUUACGAAUUCAUCGAAUCUGUGACAAUGUAUAUCACUUAUUCCCUAAUAGAGAUAAAUGGCGAUUAUCAGUCUUAUGCUAUUAUUAGUUGCAUUACUAUAUUCAGUUAUAAUUCGAAAGUUCACCGAGGACCAUCGGAAAUUUUCGGAACAAUUCUAGAAAAAUCUCGAGUCAAUUAAAUACUAUAAUGAAGCUGUCUUCCCUCGGGAACACGGGAAUGACCAUAAUUCUAAUCGACCCCUGCAUUAAUCAUUCGCUAAUCGCGAACAGUCCUCGCCCUUUCUUCGCCGUUUCAAAGAACGUUAGCCCACCGCUGUUCUCGCCCACGUUUCGCCAGGAUCCUCUCGCACAUGCGUACGGGGCGGCGAACUCCUGCACACGCACGCACGGAUCUGCAAGUAGGAAAGCAGAGUCGCCGCGAGUUUGCCCGCCUCGGUAGUCGCGUUCGGCGCGUCGUACUAGCAAGUACGUUCUUGUCCGUUCUUCAUCCAGUUGUCCGAUCUCCCCGGCACCCCCGAGCGAGCGCAAAGCCCAGCGACAGCUGAAGAAACGCCGCGGCCCGAGAGUACGAUAAAAUAUGUGCCGAUGUUAGAGAGCAGCUCGUCGAACGUGAAGAUCCCGUCGCCGCCGUUCCACGGUUACCGUUUCCACUGAUCCGCGCGGCCCGUUGCGCGCCGCGUCGCGAAGGAGAUGCCCGAGGAUCGAUCGUAACCGGAAAUCCGCGGCGAGUGAACCGAAAGAUCGGCGAGAGAUGAAGUCGUCCGACGCUUAGCCGGUACGGUGCGGCGCGGUUUUCGUCUGGAGGCGAUGAAUUACUCGCGGGAGGCUCGCCGAGUGAAAACCUGAAUCCGUGGCCCUGCUGCGCGGCCAGAAGAGUGGAAGAGUGGAGAGAGAUAGAAGGGCGAGAGAGUGGAGAGCGUCAUGUCCGUGGAACAUCACGGGGAACUGGGUACAACAGAUCGGAACCAAACGAGGCUGGAUCGACAGAUUCAGGGUAACCAGACGGAGGAUCAAUUGGACGGCAUCCCGGAGUACCUGAACGCCACGCUGCCCGAUGUCAACGCGACCAAGGAGAUCGACCGCUUCUUCUUCUACCAGACGGAACAGUUCACCGUCUUGUGGCUGUUGUUCGCGAUGAUAGUCGUGGGCAACAUCGCGGUGCUGAUCGGCCUCUUAUGGGGCAAGCGGCGGAAAACGCGGAUGGACUUUUUCAUCAAGCAACUGGCGCUCGCAGAUUUAUUGGUCGGCCUGAUAUCCGUCCUUACGGAUAUAAUCUGGCGGAUGACGGUGACCUGGCACGCGGGCAACGUCGCCUGCAAGCUGAUAAGGUUCAUGCAAGUUGUCGUUACGUACAGCUCCACCUACGUCCUCGUCGCGCUGUCCAUCGACAGGUACGACGCCAUCACGCGACCGAUGAACUUCACCGGCAGGUAUACUGCAUUUCUGAGUCUAAUGAACGACGCUUCGACUGUGAUAACAGGGUGGAGAGCGAGGGCACUGGUGGUCGCAGCUUGGAGCCUGUCGGCGCUCUUCAGCAUCCCCAUUAUCUUCCUCUACGAGGAGAAGGCGAUACAGGAUCGUUUGCCAGGGGAAGACCCAGUGUUGGAUCGAGCUGGGCUCGCCGACGCAGUGGAAGAUCUACAUGAGCCUGGUCAGCGUUACCCUCUUUAUAGCCCCCGCGCUGAUAAUAGGGGGCUGUUAUGCUGUGAUCGUAGCUACUAUAUGGUCGCAGGGAGGGGCGCUACGGCAGGGACCCACCAGGGACACCAGGAGAGCCUCCUCCAGAGGACUCAUCCCCCGGGCGAAGGUGAAGACGGUCAAGAUGACUCUGGUCAUUGUAUUCGUGUUUAUUCUUUGCUGGAGCCCGUACAUAGUGUUCGACCUCCUCCAGGUUUACGGGUACGUGCCCAACACGCAGACCAACACGGCGGUGGCGAGCUUCAUUCAGAGCCUGGCGCCUCUGAACUCCGCUGCCAACCCGAUCAUAUACUGUCUCUUCAGCACGUCCUUUUGCAAAACUGUGCGGAGCAUGCAGGCGAUCUCGUGCGUGUCCGGGUGGUGCGCGACGAAUCCUCAUCACUGCUUCGGCGCCGGGGGCCCUAACAGCAGCACCAGGACGACGGUCACCACAUCCUUGACCGCCCAUUCGUCGAGGAGGAGCGGCCACAUCGCGGUGCUCCACUCCACGUCCAGGAAACGGGUCAUGGUGUCUCUGGUGUAAAACCGGCGCGUCUGCCGGAUGCACCGGGAGAAACGACGAGGAAGCUGCGUCGAGUUACGCCGACGUCUUAACACUUCGCCGGCCGCAUUUGUCGCGUCGCCGUUAGGUUGGCGCGGGUAUGACGCAGAGGCAGCAAAGGAGUUUCAAAGUAAUGGAAGCGUCUGCUUGAAAGAUUUUAACGAAAGAUCUGGUAAAUUGGGAAGAACGAAGCAAUUGUUUUAAAAAUAGCAUCGAUAUGUAUUCUUGUAUAAGCUGGCGAAAAGAAGUCACUGCACGUGACAGCGGCCGGUGAAGUGUUGACGCUUUGACUGCCACGUUACUGUCUUUCGGAGACUUGGAUUGACCCUUGGAACUCCAGGUUGUUUUGUUUAUCGGCAAUUUUUAUGGUAUUCUUAGGGAAAUGAGAAAUAACAUUUCUUCGGUCUUCUAUUUUCCUUAGUACAAAAUUUGGAUGUGUGUAGAAUCGAAUAAUUCCUAGUUUCUUUGAUUCAUUAAAAUAUUUCAUAAUAACUGGUGCAAUAGUAGAGUCUAGAAUUCAAAGGGUUAACACGUUGAAUGGGGGUCAACCAAAUCGAGUUACUAUAGUUCACUGAAUAAAACGAUGAUCAUUUUGGUAAAUAAUAUAUAGUGUUAUUUACAGUUUAGUGGAUAGCGGGGGAAUUAUUCAGAAGAAUCCUGAUUUCUCAGGUUAAUGAGGAAAACUGUUUCGAGUAUACGGGAGCUUCGACGAGGGUUUACGUGGCAGUCAAAGCGUUAAAGAACCUCUGCCGGCCAUACUCGCGUUGCGUCACGACUUUGUAGCGACUCUUUCUUGAUAAUGACACUUUUAUACGGCACUCGGUGCUCGGAAGUUCUGGUUUAUUUCAUAGCUCCUUGCUUCUUUUACGGGAUCAUGUAGCUGGAUUUGUAUUUUCGGCUGAGACUUUCGGAACUGUGUUUCAUUGUAACGAAUGAUUCACUUGCUCGAUCGUUCGAGGAACUUUCACCUUGAUGAAGCGAACUCUGGAAUUAUUGGAUCUUUCGGGCUGAACUUUUCGACUGUUAGGUUUCUUGGUGAAGUACGCUCUUGAAUUAUUGAACGAUGAGGUGAAUAUUUGGACUAUUAACCUUCAGCACUCCAGGUUGUUUUGUAAUCUAUCAGCAGCUGCAACUAAUUUUUAUAGUAUUAGCGAAAAUGAGAAAUAUAACAUUUCUUCAAUAUUUUAUUUUCCUUCUUAGUAGAAAAUUUGGAUGCGUGGAAAAUCGAAGAAUUUUAGGGUGAUUUCUUUAAGAUUCAUUAAAAUAUUUAACAUUAUUCCUGGUGCAAUUGGAGCCUACAGAGUUCAAAGGGUUAAGUUUCUUGGUGAACUUUCCAACUGCCAAACUUCUCACUGAAGUAUUUCUAUCGGAGGAAAAGUGUUAGAAAGUCGUGACGCGACUCGAUGGAUCGCGAUGCUCGUCGAUGACACACAUGUGCUCUCUUCUUCGUUUAACACUAGGUUUAAUAUGCGUCAAUUUGACGCGUUUUGUAAGCCUAGUGUUAAGUCUAUUCUUUCGUUCACUUUCGAGACACCGGCGUACUCGACGAUCAUCGCGAUCGGAUAGAAUUGUCGUCGACAUGGCUCGUCGGUGACCGACGUCGGGAAUUCCCGCGAACGCUGUCGCUCUCUUCUUCCACCGAAACAUCGAAACGUUACAACGCUGCGAGAAGAACUCGUCCCUGCUCAGUUGUGCCAAAGAUUUCCGAGAACCGCGCGAGAUCGAACUGGAAGACACCGUCGCGCGAACUGCGACCAUUCUCUGGUGUAACUAAGCUGCGGGUAUUUACACGGUUCCCAGUUUCCAAACGACAACUCCCGGGAUCACUUGGGAAACAUAUUUCCCUCGAGAGAAUUUCAGCGCGUUGACGAGCAUCCGUAGCUUAGCUGCGGCAGACGUCGGAAACGCGUAACUUAAGGGUGAACGAUUUUAAGUGUGAAUAAUAUAAGUUUUCUAUUCCCGCAUUUACGUGAUCAGUAUUCUGGGCCCGAUCGUGCGCUGCGGGUGCCUUUCAUCUUCCAGCCAAUGUUGUCUUUCCAAACAAAUUGUUCUAUUUAUUGCCGUUGUAGCCGGAAUCUCUACAAAAGCCGCGCGAGUAUCGGCCGGCUCCCUUUUUACCUAAUAAAAGAAACUGAGACUUAGAAAUAGAAUACCUACUCCCUUUCUUCUUUCAAUUCAACAUUCGAUGAUCGAUAUAAUUCCAUCUUAUUCAGCGUGAUUCUACAUCACUCGAAACAUUCUAUAUCGUAAAUAGAAUUCCCAUGGAAUCCUAAAUUCUACUCGGAACUUGAAUAAACCAUCGUACUUCGCCGUAAAAAUAGAGUUCAAGAGAUAAAAGCUGAACGGAAAGUUUCUCUCCUUGAAAGCUCUCGUUGAUCAAAGAUCUCUUUCUGCCUGAGAGAUCUCUUUGUUCCAUUGCCCGACGUUAAAACCGCAUCAACGCACUUCAUUAAACGAAACUCUCGAAGACCAGAACAUCGAAUGUCUUGUCGCGACUCGAGCGGAACAGCCUCGCCGUUGCCAGCGCGGGAGUUACUGAACCGAGAAAAGAGGAUCGGGACGACGAAAGUAUCGAGCGCGAACGCGGCCGCUCGGAAUAAAUUCCCCGUUAACGAAACGGCGCAUUAGGCGUUUCAUAAAAAUUCAGGAAUCCGCGAGGAUGGAAGGGACAUUAGCGCGGCCAUCGAUCAGCGGCCCCCGUGGAGGAUAAUACGCUCAAAGUAUACAUGUACAUAUAUACAUAACACAGCGAAUGGACGGCAGCUUCUUGUAUAUAGUACUUACGUGUAACCAUAAAUGUGUAAUAUAUUAAUGUAUUCCAUCCGUUGCGAUCGUCGCGGACGUGUCUGCCCGCCGGGCCGCGCGAUGGAUGCGACGAUCGGCCGUCUCCGGCGCUGUUAGCGAUGGAGCUGAUAUAUCUUAAUUAACAUGGAUCCCGAGACCAUCGAUCGAUCGUCGACAGGUGUUCCGGACAUCAAAGCGAAAGUAGAGUACCGUCCCGAUAAUGAAAUUCGGGGAACAAGAAAUUUUCAGCGGAAUUUUAUCGGCGAAGAUUGAAUAAAAUGUACGAGGAAUCUGUAGGGAAUAUUAAGAGAUCGAUGGAUUUAUCAAAAUUCUCUCGAAACCUUUGAAAGACACAACGUUUGAUUGGUUGUUUUUGAUUAUGUAAUAUUGUGACGAAGAAGAUUGGACAAGCCGCAUCGCUAGCAACUCGAGGCGAGUCGAAGCAUCCCGCGAACAAUCGUCUUUGUACCUCGAAACGAUUACAAGUUUCCCCGCCGCGAGCGUCUCUUGAAGAGAAGGAAUCUUUUAUUCUCGCUAACACGAGAGCUUCUGAUGAAACCUUCGGAGCGGAUUCUUUCUAACGACCCUCCUGUUGCAGUCUUUAAAAGUUUGCCGCUCGAUAUUUCAUUUGCGGAGAAUAACGAUCACAGCGGAGCAAUAUGCGUUUGCGAAUGAGAUUUGAUUCGGUUGUUUGAGCAAUUUAGUUUGAUAGCUUGUAGGAUUAUAAUGUUUUGUAAAGAUGUUAAUGAGCAUUGCCAUUAUCGGGCGUGACGAAAGGAGCUGCGUAAUCGUUCGGAGGAAGCAGUAGGCAAACUUGUAUCCGUAACUCGUCUAUUUAUUAUUUAUUGUGAGAGAGAAAGAAUUACACGUAGCCCUACGAUAUUCGUAUUUUCACUGGUGAAGAUGAUAUAAUUUGUACAUACUGUCGAAUAAACUCGUCCGUGAUGCAAACUGUA